UUACAGUUGCACUUUGCUUUUCAGGAGCUCGAAGAAAUCCGCAAAUGUGGAAUGAAAAACUUCCGUAAUAUCCAGGUUGACGAAGCGAAUUUAUUGACCUGGCAAGGGCUUAUCGUUCCUGACAAUCCUCCAUAUGAUAAAGGAGCCUUCAGAAUCGAAAUCAACUUUCCAGCAGAAUAUCCAUUCAAACCUCCUAAGAUUACAUUUAAAACAAAGAUCUAUCACCCUAACAUCGAUGAAAAGGGGCAGGUCUGUCUGCCAGUAAUUAGUGCUGAAAACUGGAAGCCAGCAACCAAAACUGACCAAGUAAUCCAGUCCCUCAUAGCACUGGUGAAUGAUCCACAGCCCGAGCAUCCCCUCCGGGCUGACCUAGCUGAAGAAUACUCUAAGGACCGUAAAAAAUUCUGUAAGAAUGCUGAAGAGUUUACAAAGAAAUAUGGUGAGAAGCGACCAGUGGACUAAAAUCUGACACAACUGCUGUCAGCACCGUAUGCUAGAAGAUCGGAGCAGUGCAUUUGAGACACCCCGUAAAGCAGGACUCUAUGGAAAUUGACAAGUGCCACCUUUUGGUGUGAACUUGUGGCUGUUACUAACUUUCUACAGUUUUCUUAAUCAAAAGUGGGCUAGGUAACCUGUAAAGAAAGGAUUAAAAUUUAAGAUGUUCUAGUUCUGCUUUCUUUGUUUAAAAAUCACUGCUUCAAUAUACUUUAAAGUAUGCUGUUUUCUUUUUCUUGUCAGAAUUUAUCAAAAAUAUCUUAGACUUAUAUUCUGCCCUUAAAUUGAAAAGGUUGUGGCUGUCAUUUCUUAUUUUUCCUUGCAGUUCCCACUAUCUUAAGUUCAUUCAUUGAAUUUUAUCCCCCUCCUCAAACUGAUGUCUUAGGAAAAUAUCCCAGUUCUGGCAGAAAAUGAUUGAGUGUUUGGCAGUUUUGUUUACUUUUCUUUCUACAUGUUGCACUGUGCUUUGUGGGACUUCUUGCAAGUUCCCCUGAACUUCAGUUUGUAACAUAAUAAACAGAACCCAACCCAUCCCCACAAAACCAAUCAGAAAUAAUGUCUGGGUCUGAUGUAAAUCUGGCCAAUGUUACCACAAAAUGUCAAUUAAACGGGGAAACCCAA